AUGGCCGAAGCAGCAAAACAGUCCUCUCUGGCGAGCUCAAUCUUCUCGUGGUCCCGGAGCAGUACCCCGCCGCCCAAGUCACCGCUCCCAAAACCCAACGAUGCAUCCCCAGCUCUGAGACAGUCGUCGGGUCUUGACCAUACCGUCAGUUUAAACCGAGCUCCCAGUCUCCGCAGAUAUCCCAAGGAUUGUCCCCCUCUCAAGCCGAGAUGGUACUACGCCAUCGAUGUAGCCAAACGGAAACCUUUCGCUCCAGACCCAACACCCGAAGAAAAGGCCAAACCCCCGCCAAUCCCGAAGAAAUUGGUGCCUUUCUCGGCGUCAGACUCCCAGAGCAUUGAGAAAGCAUAUCAGACCCUCGCUCAAAGGAACCUGAACAGAGAUGGAGCUGCCGAGCCUACGCCCGUCACCACAGUACCCGUCAACGAAGACUUUCUGUAUGAUGUCGAUAUUGAGAAGCGCGAACUUCUUCCGGCCUACUGGCUAGGUCCUGUGUACGAAGUCCGCAGGGGAACCUGGUUCUAUGCAGAAAACCCACUGAGACCAUGCGACGAGAAUCUAGCCAAUCAACUCGAAGAAGGCUACAUUAAAGUAGCACCGUGGAGACGAUUAAACCUACAGUCUCCUCGCUCAGCAUCACAGCCUAGGACUCGACCCAACUCGGCAAUUAUCGACGGCUCAUCCGCUCAAUCGCUGGGCAAGUCGCCUCCUUCACAGGAUGACAACCAAUCUGCUGGCCCAAACACAUAUCGCAUGUUCGGCUCUCAUAUGAACACAACGGUCACAUACCUGGACGACACCGUAGCCUAUCUGACAACGGACGAUUUCCUCUCACGUGUCAGCAGUACAGUUUACGGCAGGUUUGUUGGAUAUGGUGGCACGAAGGUAGUUCGUGGUUGGUCUGAUACCAAGCUAGCCGAUCCGCCUAAGGCCGAUCCAAAAGACGAUUCCAAAUCCACAGAGACGACCACCACCAAAGAGAAGCGUAGGUCUGCCAAAAUCUCUCCAGAGGCUGAUCCGAGCGCCGGAGAAGACAAAGUUCAGGCAAAGAAAAAGGACAAUGUCGAGAAACCUCGGCGGACUGCGUUAGAACGCCAGAUCUCCUCGCUGGCGGGCCUUCCCAAGGCCGAUGACUCCGAUGACGUAGGCGAGGAGGAAGAAGCAAGGGAACAGGAAGAACGUGAAAUGGAAGACGCCAGGGAAAAAGAUGGAGAAGAUCAAGCAAGACAGAUUGACCACUUGGUGCUCGUGACCCACGGCAUCGGCCAACGUCUUGGUCUUCGUCUCGACAGCAUCAACUUUGUCCAUGAUGUCAACACUCUGCGCAAGACCAUGAAAGCCGUAUACGAAUCCGCUCCUGACUUACAAGCUCUAAGCGGGGAUCCGAAGAAUUGCAGAGUCCAGGUGCUUCCUAUCUGUUGGCGACACAAGCUCGAUUUCCCCAAGCAAAGCCUGAAGCAAAAUCGCAAAGAAUACGACAUUGGAGAUGCUGAUUCUAUCUUCGAUGAUGAGUACCCGUCAUUGCAAGACAUCACAGUGGACGGUGUACCAGCGGUGCGCAAUCUGAUUACUGAUUUGGCUCUGGACGUCCUCUUAUACCAAAGUGCCUACAGAGAACACAUCGCUUCAAUUGUACAGAAGGAAGCUAAUCGAGUGUAUCACCUCUUCAAAGAACGAACAGGCUUCUCAGGAAAGGUUAGCUUCUGUGGUCACUCUCUUGGGAGUGCAAUUUGCUUUGAUAUCCUUUGCAGACAGGAAGAAGAUCUCAAGACACGACCGAGACGGGUCUCCAGCAAAACAUCACGAGAGCACGGUAUUGAACCAAGAGAUCUUCGUCUCGACUUUGAAGUGGAAAACUUCUUUGCCCUUGGUUCGCCGGUCGGUCUCUUUCAGAUGCUCAAGGGGAGGACGAUCGCCGCUCGACCUUCUCCAGGCGCCAGUGCAUUUGGAGCCACUUUGGUGCCGACAUCUCCAUUCGACCCGGAUCCUAUGAAAAACGACCCCUUCGACAGUGUCGCCUCGAAAAUGGCCGGCAACAGCUCCACCGGUCUCAUACCAAUUACUACCUCCACACCCAAAUGCAGUGAAUUGUUCAACAUCUUUCAUCCCACAGAUCCUAUCGCUUAUCGCAUGGAGCCUCUCAUCUCUCCAGCAAUGGCGAAAUUGAAAUCCCAACCCAUACCCUACACCAAGAAAAACCUCUUUGCCGCUCCUGGCAUUUCAAACAUUUCUGAACGGGUUGGCCAGCAAAUCAUGUCCAGUUGGUACAAUCUCACCUCGGGUGUGGCGUCCAGUCUGAUUAACAGAAGCCUGGGCAUUACUGGUGAGGAGCAAGCCUUGUCUCAGGACAAGGCCAAAGCUGUGAACGCGGUCAAAGAUGGUAGUCAAGCCGUUCCUCCACUCGACGCAAUACCUGUGGCAGACGAGAAAAAGCAGCAAGACAUCGCCGAGGCGGCUAGAUCAUCCCCAUCAACCGAAAAAGCACCCACCUUGAUCGACUCUGAAAUGGAAACACUUUAUUCAGGAUUCCAGAAGCUUCAAGUUGCCACCGACGCAACGGAUGACGAGGCUCAAGCCCGGACUUCUACCGAGUUCCGCCAAUCGCAGGAGAGAGCGAGAAAGCUCAAGCGUGAAGAAGCCAAAGUCCGAGCGUUGAACAGUAACGGACGAGUCGACUACCAUAUCCAAGAGGGCAUGUUUGAUGUGUCUCUACUCGCUAGUAUCGCCAGUCACUUGAGCUACUGGGCGGAUGAGGAUGUGAAUCAUUUCAUGGUUGGACAGAUGUUGAAAACGAAAGGCAAGGGGCGUGAGAGGGGUAGAGGUGUGGAGGAUUCGUGGUGA